GACUAAGACGCAAGGAAAAGACGCAAGUGAGGGAAACGUGGAUGUACUUUAAGAGACUUGAUGCACCCUGAGUCGCUGCCGCAGACUGACGCUCAGCGGGAGAAAUAACAAUGAUUUGGGAUUUCAUUUCACUCAAAAAAAGGAGAACUUCAGCUGCCGCAAAUGGAUUCUUCCCAACUUCUCUUCUUCAUCCUAAUGGUGAUAUCUGCAUCUGAAUAUUCAGCUAGAGCAGAGCCCGCAUGUAAGGACCGGAGCUUGAAAUCAUUUAACCUCCUUGAAGGUGAAUCAUUUCAUUAUGACCCUUUGAAGCCGCAAGGGAGGAACCUCUCUGAUGAAGCAUUCAUGUGGUACAAAAAUAGCUCCCAGAUGGAGUACAUCUCCUCUGAUGAGAAAAAGAGGAUACAUCGCCACAGUGCUGCGCUCUUUUUCUUAAACCUCUCCACUGAGGACUCUGGUGUUUACAUUGGCCGGUAUAAAACUCCAACAGGAGAUUGUCACAAAUAUCCUUUGAAAGUUGACGUCUUCAAUGCAAGCUAUAGGAUGAAUGAAAAAUUACUCUAUGGAGAAACUGAUAACUCUGACCAGAACAAAAUGGUCAGAUGUCCAGAUCCUCUCAGGAAAGUGUGUAAAACUAUGAAUGGAACAUUCACCUGGUACAAGGACUUCAGUAUUCUUGAAGGUGAACAUGAAGCUGACCUGUGGAGGUUUAAUGCCAGCAAAGAUCAUGAGGGCAUCUACACUUGCAUUUGUACCUGGAAACACAAUCACAUGGUGUACAACUCCUCAGGCUCCAGGAAGUUAAUAGUUAUGGAGCCUCUUGUUCACUAUCAAACACCGUUAAUCUUGUUAAACAAGGAGCAGUAUGCUGAUGAAGGCUCUGAGACCAAGCUGAGCUGCUCAGUUAUCUGUGGCUUUAAUGUGCGAAAAAACUGUAAGGCUAGCUGGAAUGUUAACGGAAUCCCUUUCAACAAGGCAGAUGGGUACAAUCAAACCAUCAACACAGUUGACGAAGAGCGUUCAAAGAAAACCAUCUCCACUGCAAUCCUGACCAUUGAAAGAGUGUCUGCUAAAGAUUUCCAGGAUGAGUUUAAAUGCAUUGGCGAUGGCUAUUAUGAGGAGGUGUCUGACAUUUUAACUCUUAAGCAAAGAGAGACAAUAAUUCCACUGGUCAUUGGAGGGAUGUGUGCAUUCUUCUUGUGUGUGUUCGUGGCCAUCAUGGUCAAGUGCUUCGCCAUCGACCUUGCUCUCCUCUUCAGACCCUACCUCCCACUAAGCCAUCACAAUAAAGAUGCAAAGUCGUUCGAUGCCUACGUGGUCUACCAGAUGCAGAGUGGAGACAAUGUCACUGAGGACACACUCUGCAAGUUUGUCACAAAGAUUUUGCCCUCUGUGCUCGAGGAAAAGUGCGGCUAUCGACUUUUCAUCCAUGGGAGGGAUGACAUACCAGGGGAAGACCAUCUGGAGCUGGUGGAGGACCGUAUGAAGCAGAGCAGGAGACUGAUGGUUAUCCUCACCCCUGGUUCAGGAUCAGGGAUGGGGGUCACAGACAAACGCCCCACCUCGCCCCAAAACCCAGUAGUAGGAGGGUUUGACUGGCAGCUGGGGCUUCACCAUGCGCUGUUCCAGAGGGAAAUGAAUGUGAUUCUGAUCCAGCUGGGGGACACGGGGCCACAGGGAUACACACACCUUCCCCCUGGCUUGCAGCACCUGAUUCGCAGUAGCGCCCCCCUUAGGUGGCCAGAGGGUUCGAGGGGUGCUGCUGCAUGGAACUCGCGCUUUUGGAAGAGAGUGCGAUACCUGAUGCCUGCCAAGCCAUCCUCAAAAUCUCCACAGUCUGCUAUUAUCUGAAACCCUUAUGGACCGACACCAGUCCCAUAACACCCUUUACACAGAUGUGUGAAGAAAAUCACAGGUGUCAGUUGUAUGUAUACAGAAUGUCAGUAUAAUGCAGAUAAAAUCCAGAGAGAGAUGAGAGUUUAGUUUCAAAAUUAUGUUUAUUUAUCCAUAAAAUAAUUAACAUUUCAGUGAUCACACCCAACCUACAUACCCACAAGAUAAUGUAAAAUAAAAACACAUAGAAAGUGUAAAAUAAACAUAACAUAAAAAAACAUACAACAUAAUGUACUCAACAGAAGGUAUAACCAUAAAAAUGUUAAAAUUCACUGAUGUCUGAGUAAUCUCUUCAGGAAGAAAGAGAUAAAACACAGUUUAGUGUAUAUCUGUAUGUAGCUGAUAUGAAAGAC